GAACAACACAACAUUUCAACCUCCUUCAACCUCCUCCUCCCAUCAUCUGUUCAUCCGGCAACUACCGAUAAUCAAACUUCUUUACUUGUGUCCGUUCCUCGAGCCUGCAGUAACGACUUUCGGCCACCAGUUGUCCGACUAAAGUACACAUACACCGUUAACUACCGCCAUGGCGUCGCAGGGUGAAUUCUCCGCGGCCAUGACCAAUCGGUCGCUACGCACCAUUCGAACUGAGCUAGAAUUUCUCACAGAUGCCUCGGUUAUCACACCGCAACAACUGGCAAACUUGCUAUCUCAACUCCCGAACCAGACAGUAUUACACGCACCCGUCAUGUCGGCAUCAGGCCCCAUACCUGCUCCAGUACAAUCACCAGAUCCUACCCCAGCAUUCAACCCUCCUACGGCCCAGCUUCAGAAUACUAGCUUGAACGAAAAGGCGCCGAUAUCACAGUAUCCCAGUCCGGCUCCACCGCCGCCUGCCUAUGCCCAAGGACCACCAGUUCUCUCAAUUUCAUCAGCCAUGUACGCCUACACACCGACUGAUGCCGGAGACCUCGCCCUUCAGCCGAAUGAUCGCAUUCAAGUUUUGGAGCACAUGAAUAAUGACUGGUGGCGUGGUCGAAAUGAGCGAACAAACCAAGAAGGAAUAUUCCCACGAAGCUACGUCAGAGUGUUGGACGAGAAGCCUGCCCCUCCAGUCUUGUCUCCACAACCUACAAACUAUGGAAACAUGCCUUUGGAAGUUGCUCAAAGCGGAUCUCCUGCUACCGACGCUUCGGGUCAUCGACCCAGCAAAUUCGAAGAACAAGGCAAGAAAUUUGGAAAGAAGAUAGGCAAUGCCGCAAUUUUCGGUGCUGGUGCCACCAUUGGUUCCAACAUUGUCAACGGCAUCUUUUAAGCCAAGUCGAUAUUGCACUUGGAUCUUUUGUGUUUUUAAAUGCCUCCGACCCACGAGAUGGGAAAUUUAUAACAAAAUAUCUUAGGGUUACAGCUUGCGCAUUAUGGGAUUGGCGUUGAUGGCGUUCAGGAACUAUCGCGUCUGUCCUGGAUUGGUUACUUUUGACGAUCUUUCAAGAAUCUUGCUUACAGUAUGACUCUUCUCAGAUGUGCAGAGUCAAAUUAUUGAUUGGAAUUGAUCCGCCAUGAGCGUGUCGACAUGCUAGAAUGCAGUGCAUUAUAACGCAGAUUCACUUGUGGCCGAUUACUGAUGGCAUGAGCAGAAACUUGAAAAUUUGACAGUUCUGCGAUGGUCUUGCUUCGAGCUGGAAUUCAUUCCGGCUUUUUCGUGUCUAUACUUUAUUUUCCUUUGUGACUGCUGACUGGCUAGCAAACAUUGGGGCAGUCUUUCCUUGCGUUUUGCUCCGCCCAGGUUCUUUCAUUGCCUGGCCCGUUGAAUUUGUCAUUUGAUUGCAGACUUGACUGUCUAUUUAAUUUGUCUGAAGAAACUAGAGCAGCUCGUGAUAAUGCAACGGUUUUGAGUGUUC